AUGUCUUGCUACGACCUGUGCUCCACUGCCGUUGGUGGUAUCAACCGCCCCCAGCCCCUCGCUGACAGUGGGAAUGAACCGUGCGUCCGCCAGUGCCCCGACUCCACGACUGUGAUCCAGCCACCUCCAGUCGUCGUCACCUUCCCUGGCCCCAUCCUCAGCUCCUUCCCUCAGGAUUCCAUUGUGGGAUCCUCUGGAGCACCCGUCCUUGGGGGCUAUGGGGGCUCCCUGGGCUAUGGGGGUCUGUAUGGCUAUGGGGGCUAUGGCUCCUCCCUGGGCUAUGGGGGUCUGUAUGGAUAUGGGGGCUCUUCCCUGGGCUGUGGAGGUCUGUGGGGCUAUGGGGGCUCCCUGGGUUACAGGGGCCUCUAUGGCUAUGGUAGACCCUAUGGUUCUGCCUAUUGCAGCCCUUACUCCUACCGGUACAACAGGUACGGCCGUGGCAGCUGCGGGCCCUGCUAAACCCUACAGAAAUAUCCCUUGACUAAAGAAUGACUGGCAAACGCACGACGCAAUCUUGAUUCUCAACUGAGCUCUUUGGAAAGGGGCAGAGUAUAAAAGACUUCCACUUAAUACAGUGGAGUCAGAAUAGCUCCAUAAAUUACACUUUGUUUCCUUCUUCGUUUCAUCUCCUCUUCCUUGCCCCUGCCAGUGGACAAAUGUGUAACUCCACCAUCCUC